AUGGCACGACGCUCCUCGGCCAGAAUCCGCGCGAAGCAGUCGACCACGCCACAGGCGCAGAGAGUUUCAGACAUGGGUGUCGAUAGCGAUGCCAUCAAGACUCCACGAACUGCCCCCAAGCUAUCCGCCGUCGAUGAACAUGAGGAGCCGCAGCCCACACCUACCAGAACCGCCCAGACUCCCCGCGACGGCACCCCGAUCCAACCCAGCAUGCAGGAAAUGCAUCCGCAGAAGUACCAAAUGAGCACCGCCAAACCUCUUGACGAAGCACGAUGGCUGGGUUUCAGCAGCAACAAGACGACACAGCAGACUCCCACAAAGACCCCCAAAGCCGCAAACAACAUCAUGGACAACGCCCCCGACUUUAGCUUCACCUUCCAACGUCCUACUCUCAACUUGAGCCCGCAGGCACGCGCCUUGAUGGAGGAGACCAGGGGAGAAGCCGCCAAGAUCAGGAUCGAGAUGCAGGCCACACAGAAGGGCCAACCCUCGGCGAGCGAUGUGUUGGGGCGCAAGAUGGCCACACCUUCGGGCAAGGUCAGCCGUUUCAGCGACGUGCAUAUGAAGGCCUUUAAGAAGAUGGACUCGAUUGCCGAUCACCCUUCGGCCUUCCGAAACAAGGACAACAGACCGCUAGCCACCGACAAGCCGUCUGCCCCGACUGCCCCGUCUGCACUCAAGCGCUCUCCCUCCAAAGCCGAGCUCGAGCGUCCUUCGUCGUCCUCAUCCACAUCGCUGCCUCGACCUUCAUCGCGCGGCAACCUUGAGGCAGGCCCGGCCAAGCGUGUCAAGCAUGCUGCAGAAGACGACACGGCUACUUCGCGCCCUGAUGCUACACCCAAGCCGUCACUUAAGAGCGCCAUGAAAUCGCAGAUGACGCCGCGCUCAGUCAAACCUCCGAAGUCGAUACUCAAGUCUGCCCAAUCCGCCCGUCGUACCACCAUGAUCCCCUCUUUCCAGCGCAGUCCCGUUAGACUGAACAUGACUAGCGCAAGUGUCCAACAAGAGCAGGCUCAACAACAACAGAAGGAGCAGCGUGCACAGCUCCUCUCCAAGUCCCCAAUGAAGUCUCCGGUCAAGUCGACCAUGGCUGAACGCAUUGCUCAAUUCGAACCCGAAGCACCCGAGAGCCCUUUGCUCAGUCGUAGCCCGGCCAAGCAUGCCUCUCCUCAGAAGGUCCAGAUUGAUGCUCCCGAGUCCCCUGAUGCUUCAUCCAAGAUUCCCUUCCUUGCUCGCUCCCCUGCAAAGAAGACUUUCCUCGCUGCACAAGGCCCUGAUGACAAGGAUGGAAACAAGGAGAAGCCCAACAAGACACCAUUGCUCGCUCGUUCACCCGCCAAAAUCUCGGUGCCUGAGAGCUCCAUUCACAGCGCUCAGCAGGAAACACCGGCAAAGCCUAGUCUGUUUGCCCGCUUCAACCUGCUGCGUAAAUCUCCUGUCAAGUCUAUCCUCCGCACUCCUCAACGCUUGUACUCGGACGAUCCAUUCAAGCUUGCCAACGGCACCCACAUGUCCACUCCUCCCAACGCUACCUCGGACGCCGAUACAGCCGCGCCUCCACGCCCACCCAAGACUUGCCCUGUCAUCAAGCACGUCGACUUCUCUGCUUCAACCAAGACUCUCGACCAAGCUGAUGAGUCUCCCGACACUCCCACCAAGGCCUCUUCACCACCUUCCACGACUGACGACAAGUCUUCCAUUACCUACCCCACCCUGCCUAACACUUCUGACAAGGACGACCGGCCCAAGAAGGCAUAUCGUCGCAUGACCAUGGCUGGUGCGCCUAACGAUUUCACCUUCCGUGCUGGUGCGCAAGCUAUUACCUUCGCCCCAUCGCCUCGUCGUACCACCUCUCAGGAAGUCAAGCCCUCUAUCCGCUCCGUCGAACACUCUCCCGAACUUCCCUCCGCCGCUGGCCAAAAGCGCAAAGCCGAUACCCAUGACUUGAAAGCCACAGCCACCACGACCAGCGACAAGGAAAACGACGACGAUGCAGACCACCGUCCCGCAAAGAAGGCCAGAUCGGACAACCCUGCACCUUCUCGUCCUUCGACCACUACCCCUGCUGCCGCAAAGACACCGGUCAAGAAGAUUCCCACUAUUGGCGUCAGACCCAAAUCUUACACAUCAAAGCCCAAGGAGAAGCGUCCGGGUAUGUUGAGUGCAGCCCGUCUUGCCGCUCUUGCUACACCCAAGAGACGUUGA